GAGGCCAGCUUGAAGAUCUGGAGCCCCACGCACCUGUGAGAGGCUGGUGGUGUGGCCAGGCCCAGCUGUGCUUGGGGGCAGGCAGUGCCUGGUGCGGGGCAGGAGCCAGGGGGCUGGGAGCCCAUUCCUUGUGCAGGCAGCAGUGUCUGGGUGAAGCGUGGGAAUGCCUCCCCCAACUGCAGAGCCUCUGUCCCCUGUUCAGAGUGAGCCUGGCAGUCUGCUCUGCUUGGGCUAUGGGAGCUGAGUUGCAGCUCAUUACACCAUGUCACCAGAGCAUCCUCCUGGUUGCUGUGGGAACCACAUGCCAUCCCUCCUGCCCCCUGGGGCUGCUUACUGCCCAGGGUGCCAGCAGGGAGGGCGUGGGGAGGGACUGGGUGAGGCAGGGAACUGCCUCAGCUCUGGCUUGGUUGGGUUGGACUGGAUGACUUUAGAGGUCUUUUCCAACCUAAAUGACUCUGUGAUUCCACGAUUCCUGCACAACCCCCAGCCCAUCCACAGCCCAUGGGCAUGGCCCCUGGCAGCUCAGCACCUCGCAGUGCUUGUGCUGUGCCCUGGCCUGGUCCACUGCCCCUUCAGAGACUCCCAGGAUGGGCCCAGCCCUCAGCUGGGGCCCUGGAUGUAGCAGCUGGUGCCGUGCAUCCAGCUGGGAAAGGAGCCUGGCGUCCUACUCCUGGCCCCAGAAGCUCAUUAGUGAUGCUCCCGCCUCCAGCCCGGUCCCUGUGGACAGAGAGAGUGCAGGAGGCUCUAAUGGCUCUGAGGGCUCUUGCUGGAGGCUGUGAUGGAGGCGGGAGCAGGAGGGGCUGUGGUUUCUGCCUCCACUGGAGCCAGAACUGCCUCUGCCCAGGGCUGGCCAGGAAGAUGCUGGAUGGGCACCUGUUCCAGCUGCUCCUUACCACGGCUCUGUUCCCCAGCAUCCUUGGGACAGCCGUGGUGCAGAACCUGCACCUCUGCGAGGGCUACGUGGGCCCCGAUGGCCUCUCCCACUCCGGCUUCUACUGCCCGCGGCUGACUGACCCCCCUGGCCACCGCUACUGCUGCCAGCCCAGCCUGGAUGCUCUCAAGUCCUGCUGCUCCCAGCUGGCCCUGGAAGCCCUCACUGGAGUGAACCUGUCCAGCCUGGCAAGCCCGGGUCUGCUCCGGAACCCGCUGGCCCUGCCUUUCGUGGGGCUCUAUGGGCUGCUUAUCCUCCUGCUGAUGGCCAUCGACCUCUGCCACUUCUGCCGGACCCGCCGGUGCCACCUCCGCCGCCUGCUGCCCUGCGCCUGCCGCGCGGCCCGCAGAGCCCCGCGGGGACACCGGGCCGGCGCCCGGCCUGCCCCCGGUGUGCCCCGACUGACACGGCCCAGCCGGGGCUGCUGA